UCACACAAGGCACAAACAACUUCGCAGUCCUCACUCUUCACCCCACCCUUUAUUUUUCCGGCAUAUACCAGUCUCUACAAACCUAGCUACAAAAUAUUGGGGGAGAUAGCUUGAUCGAAUAAUUCAAUAAUUUUGAUGCUAUUUAUCUUUGUAUUGUUGGAAGAAAGUAGCUUUUCCUCCUCUAAUUUUUCUCUCAAUUUGUUAGAGUCAGUAACCUCUUUCUCCCAUGAAGACCCACCAAAUCUUCUGCUUAUUCGUCAUUCUUUGUCGUAUUUUAACCGUAACCUCUACACCUCGUUAUAUUGCUGAUGAAAAUAUUACCAUCAGCUGUGGCUCCUCUGGCAUCUCAAGGGCGAAUGAUGAGCGUGACUGGAUCGGAGACAUAGGCUCCAAGUUCGCUCCCACAGAAGAACCUAAUCACAAGUCUGAUACCUCUACAGCCGAAAUCCAAGGUACCUCUAAUGCUGUCCCAUACAUGACUGCCCGUUUAUCCAACUGGCAAUUCACAUACGUGUUUCCGGUCACCCCUGGCCCAAAAUUUGUUCGGUUGUACUUUUACUCGGCUUCUUACUCAGGUUUUGAAAGGUCUAAGGACUUUUUCACUGUCAAAGCGGGUUCGUUCACCUUACUUGCAAACUUCAGUGCUUCCAUUCUUGCUAAUUCAUCGCGCCACAGUGAUAUUUAUAAAGAGUUUUGCAUCAAUGUCGAUAAGAGUCAAAAACUGAAUUUGACCUUCAUCCCUUUCUCUAGUAAUUAUUAUGCUUUCAUUAAUGGAAUUGAGAUAGUUUCCAUGCCUGAAGACUUGUACUAUAGGCCACAUAAUGUCGCUAAUGGUGAAGAACUCAUCCCUGUUUAUGUCGGCCAAGCUCCUCAGUUCUACAUAAACGACAGCAUGGCACUCGAGAUGGUUUAUCGAUUAAAUUUUGGUGGGGGCUCGAUAUCACCAAAGGAAGACACUGGCAUGUUUAGACAAUGGUCCGACGGCACUAUUUAUCGGUUGAGUGAAGGUGUAAACCCUCGUUUUGUAUCUAUGACACUCCAUUACUUAUAUAUACCAAAUUACACUGCACCUGACGCUGUCUAUCUGUCUGCAAUUUCAAUGGGCCCAAACAGCACUAGGAACUUGAUGUCUAAUUUGACAUGGGGAUUACUUGUUGAUACGGGAUUCAAUUAUCUGGUGAGGCUCCAUUUCUGCGAAAUAGAGCCUAACAUAUCCAUCCCCGGGGUAAGAAGAUUCAACAUCUAUAUAGACUAUCAGCAAGCUGAAGAAGCGGCAGAUGUAGUAUUGUGGACUGACAGUAACUAUAGGCCUUACUUCAAGGACUACGUAGUAAUGAUCAGAAAUAAGGGUGAGGACAAGCAUCUUCUUUCCAUUGAUCUACAACCUAGAUCAGACUCUAUUUUGUGGGAUGCCAUUUUAAACGGUGUGGAAGUGUUCAAGUUGAGUGAUCAAUAUGGAAAUCUUGCCGGACCCAAUAUGGUGCCUCCACUGCUGGAUCAAGAACCUGCUCCAGCAGCCAACGAAUCCAAGACAAAGAAAACAAUAUUCAUUGCCAUUGGAAGUGGUUUGGGCAUCUUAGUCGUGCUCACUCUAGUGUGUUGCAUGGUUCUCUGUAAACUGAAGAAGACUAGGCGUUUUGGUUCUUGCCAUCCUCUAGCAAAGUGGUGGUGUCGGUCUAGGCUAGAUCCUUACAAAAGAGAGUUCUCAAGGAGAGCAGCUUCAUCGCUGCCUGGAGAACUGUGCCGCUACUUCAGACUAGAUGAAAUCAAAACAGCAUGCAACAACUUCGACGAAGAUCUAAUUAUCGGUGUAGGUGGCUUUGGCAAUGUUUAUAAGGGUCUGAUUGAGCAGGGUAAUAUGAUGGUGGCAAUCAAGCGCAUGAAACAAGAAUCUCAACAAGGUGUUUGUGAGUUUUUGACAGAGAUUGAGAUGCUUUCUCAACUUCGUCAUGUGCACCUUGUGUCUCUCAUCGGAUACUGCAAUGAUGAGGGUGAGAUGAUACUUGUUUACGAGUACAUGGCAAAUGGUACCCUCCGCCACCACCUCUAUGACACCCUUAAUGAUCCCCUCACCUGGAAACAAAGGCUCCAGAUAUGCAUAGGAGCAGCACGUGGUUUGCACUACCUCCACACAUGUUCAAAGCACCCUAUUAUCCACCGUGAUGUGAAGACAACAAAUAUUCUAUUGGACGAGAAAUGGGUAUCCAAGGUUUCCGAUUUCGGAUUAUCCAAAAUUGGUUUAGAUAACACUGCGGUUAGUACACUAGUAAAGGGGACAUUGGGGUAUUUGGAUCCAGAUUAUGCUAGGCGCCAACAAUUGACUGAGAAAUCCGAUGUGUACUCAUUUGGUGUAGUGAUGUUUGAAGUGGUAUGUGCCAGAAAAGCAUUGAAUCCAAAACUCCAAGAAGAGCAGAGAAAUUUGGCAAGCUGGGCUCAGAAAUGCAUUGAUAGAGGAACCAUCAGCCAAAUCAUUGAUCCGUAUCUAACGAACAAGAUAGCACCAGAGUGUUUAAAGGUAUACAUGGAACUUGCAGAAAGUUGUGUACGUGAUCAGGGAAUCCAACGGCCCACGAUGAAUGAUGUGAUGGAAAACCUAGAGUUUGCAUUUGAACUCCAGGAGAAUGCAGAAGCAAGAGUAGAAGCAACCAAGGAUACUGAUUCAGAAGAGGUAUCAUUAAUUUCGUGUUGCGACUACCAAUGGAGCUCCUUGGUUGGAGUCGACUAGUGGAACUGAGUUAAGUACAAUUAGUAGUGGAUUAAGUUACCCUAGUCUUGAUUCUAUCACUACUAUUAGUAUCAC